AUGGAGCAGCAGCAGCAGCAGCAGCCGCAGCAACAAGCUGCCCAGCAGCAUCCCUCCGGCGGCGUUCACGGGCCGGCCGGUCGCAGGCUGCACAUUGCGCACCGACGGAGCCCGUCUGAGCUGACGCCGCUCAUGAGCAUGUUUGCCAAUCCAGGAAUGGAACAACUUGCAAUUCAGCAACAGAUUGAGCUCCUGCAGCAGCAGCAGCAGCAGAUCCAAGCCACCCACCAGCAGUAUGUCAACAUGGGCAUGAUGCCUCCGGGCCAAACCAUCGGCCCUGGCGGUCCAUUCAAUCCUUUGCAGCCCAUGGGCAAUGCCUUCCAGUUCCCUAAUCAGAUCCCUCAACAAAAUGUUUCGCUGGGCCCUCCGUCCCAGCCACUCUCACAUCGCCGUAAUCAGUCGGCUCUGCCCAACAUGGGCAUGGGUCCGCCGCCCGCGCCAUCCUCAGGAGCUUCCGGAUCAACUUUUGGAAACUUUGAGGCUCCGGGAGCGCAAGGGCGUGAGAACGCUGGUUCCCGAGGCGGCCGCGGGGGCGGUGCCGGCGGCGGCCAUCAACGACGACACUCUUUGGCCUUGGCUGACGCCAAGAAGGCUGCUGAACUCGCACAGCAGAAGCGAACAACCUCUGGAUUCCAGUUCCCCGCCGCUGGGUCUCCUUCUUCUGACAAGCCAGAGGAUGAGAACAGACCUGGUUCCCAGUCCACCCUCGACGUCCCUGUGGCUCAAGGAUCUACACGUGGAGGCCGUGGUGGCCAUGGCCGCAGCCAGAGCAUGGCUGUCAAUGGCCGCGGAGGGGGCCUGCGCAGCAGUGCCUUCAACACCAACCCCUCCGAAGGUGGCAACGAUUUCCAGCGCCGCGGCGGCCAUGCCCGUACAAACUCCAGAAACUACGAGGGCAACUGGCGUACCCAAGGCCAGGGUCAGGACCAGCCUGGUAACGUUGCCCAAAACCAGGGCUUCCAGCCCGGCCACCGAUCCCGCGGCUCUGUUAACCAGUCCAUGUCUGGAAUUGGAGGCUUUCAGUACAACCCUAGCCAAGCUCCGGUCCUUCCGCUUGGGGGACAGAUGAUGAUGCCUCAGAUGUAUGGCCAGCAACUCAACCCUAUGCAGCUUGGUCAGCUGCAGGCCUUGCAAGCUGCGCAGAUGAACAGCCAGCAGUUCCAAGGUCUUCAAGCUUCGCAGCAUGCCGGACAGUUGGGCAACCAGCAACAGCAACAGCAGCGAAAGACUCUUUUCACUCCUUACCUCCCUCAAGCUACUCUUCCUGCCCUGCUUGGAGAUGGCCAGCUUGUUUCUGGUAUUCUCCGAGUCAACAAAAAGAAUCGUAGCGAUGCUUAUGUCACUACUCUCGAUGGCCUCUUGGAUGCCGACAUCUUUAUCUGUGGUAGCAAGGACCGCAACCGUGCCCUUGAGGGCGAUUUGGUCGCUAUCGAGCUCCUCGACGUUGACGAAGUCUGGGGCCAAAAACGAGAAAAGGAAGAAAAGAAGAAGCGAAAGGAUAUCACCGACACUCGCUCUGGCUCUAUCAACCAGGGCAGCCAGUCCGCUGGACAAAACGACGAAAGCAAUGCCUCCGAGGGAGGAAUCCGCCGUCGCGGUAGUCUUCGCCAGCGACCCACGCAGAAGAAGAACGACGACGUCGAAGUCGAAGGCCAAAGCCUUCUCCUUGUUGAAGAAGAGGAAAUCAAUGAUGAGCAGAAGCCAUUAUACGCCGGACAUGUCGUCGCUGUUAUUGAGCGCGUAGCCGGACAAAUGUUUUCGGGCACCCUGGGCCUGCUCCGACCUAGCAGCCAGGCUACCAAGGAGAAGCAGGAGGCUGAGAGGGCAGCUCGCGAGGGCGGCAACUCUCGUUCAAACGAUAGCCGCCAGCAGGACAAGCCCAAGAUCGUCUGGUUCAAGCCUACUGACAAGCGAGUUCCCCUGAUUGCUAUCCCCACAGAGCAGGCUCCCCGUGACUUCGUUGAGAAGCACCAAGACUAUGCUGAUCGCAUCUUUGUUGCGUGCAUCAAAAGAUGGCCCAUUACUUCUCUUCAUCCCUUUGGAACACUAGUGGAGCAGCUGGGACGCAUGGGCGAACUUAAGGUGGAGACCGAUGCCCUCCUGCGUGACAACAACUUUUCCUCUGACGAAUUCUCGGAUGCAGUUCUGCGCAGUAUCGGUCUUCAAGACUGGUCUCUCGCGCAAGAGGACGAAGCGGCCAUUGCGGCACGCCGUGACUACCGCGAUGAGAAAGUUUUCACUAUUGAUUACAACGGCGUUGCUGAGCUCGGAAAUGCUGUUCAUGUCACUUCCCGCCCUGAUGGCAAGAUUGACAUUGGUAUUCACGUUCCUGAUGUCGCUCACUUUGUCAAGCCCAACUCUCUCGCUGAUCGCGAGGCAAAGAAGCGAGGCACCGCUGUCCAUCUCAUCAACCGCUUCUGUUCGUUGCUGCCACCGAAGCUGUCUGGCGAACUCUGCUCUCUUGAGCCAGGUGAAGACCGUCUCACCGUCAGUGUUGUGUUCACCGUGAACCCGGUCAACGGCGCCGUAGCUGAAGGCGAUAGCUGGGUGGGCAAGAGUAUUAUCAAGUCCGCCGGCAAAGUAUCGCUGAACGAUAUGGACAAAGCAUUGACCGACGCUUCUACUUUUGACAACGCCGCUGUUCCGGCCAACACUAUUCAGAUUUUGCGCGCUGUAGCUCAAAAGUUCCGGGAAACUCGUCUGGGUGCUGGCAGCGAGCCCAUCGCCCCUCUCCGAUUGUUGCAAGGGCUCGAUGAUGAAAACAACCAAGUGCAACACAACAUCUUUGACUCUACUGAGGCUCUGGAGCUUGUUGAGGAGCUCAUGCACAAGGCUAACAGCUAUGUGGCUCAGCGCCUAGUAGAGGGUCUCCCUGACAAGGCUCUGCUCCGUCGCCAGGCUGCUCCCAACUCACGACGCCUGCAGACGUUUGUCGAGCGCAUGACGGCUCUGGGAUACGACAUUGAUGCCUCUGGAAGCGGGGCGCUCCAAAACAGCCUCUUCAAGGUUGAUGAUGCUGAUUUGCGCAAGGGUAUGGAGACCGUUCUCCUCAAGUCAAUGCAGCGAGCCAAGUACUUCAUCUCUGGCAAGACUGCCAAGAUUGUGUGGCCUCAUUAUACCCUUAACCUCCCUCUCUACACUCACUUUACCAACCCUACUCGCCGUUACGCAGACAUCAUUGUCCACCGCCAGCUGGAGGCUGUUCUUUCCGAAGGCAAGAUUGAGUUUACAGAUGACAUGGAGAAUCUUGUCAAGACUGUAGAGGCUUGCAACACCAAGAAAGACUCGGCUCAGAACGCACAAGAGCAGAGUAUCCAUAUUGAGUCAUGCCGUAUCAUGGACAAGAAGCGCCAAGAGGUCAAUGGCGAUCUUAUUGCUGAGGGCAUUGUCCUUUGCGUGUACGAGUCAGCUUUUGACGUGCUGAUUCCCGAGUGGGGCUUCGAGAAGCGAGUCCACUGUGAUCAGCUGCCCCUUAAGAAGGCGGAAUUCAGAAAGGAGAAGCGCGUUUUGGAGCUCUACUGGGAGAAGGGUGUCCCCAGCUCUGCCUACGUGCCUGAAGAUGAACGGCCUAAGGCUGCGGCAUCCAUGAGGAUGUCAAAUGCCCUAGCUGCCGCCCGACAGGCAGAGGAGGCCGAGCGAGUGAAGAAGGAAAGAGAAGAAGCCAACCGAAAGCAGACUGAUACCGGAACAAUCUCUACGGACGAUGUCGACGCUCUGUUUGAUGAUGAUGAGGACGAUGACAACACCUCAGACGUGACUGAGGCUAUGGCAGGAGCAUCCCUUGCCGAGCGACCUACCCAGAGCGUUCCUGGAUCACCAGCACGAUCGGCAUCCAACGCUGGAGCUCUGCACCGCACUCGAUCUGACUCCAAGGUCCCUGUUACAGAGGCUGUAGAAACCCGACUGACAAACAAGGAGAAAUACCUCAAGCUGUUUACUCUACGGGAAGAGGGCGGAGACUACAUCCAAGACGUGACGGAGAUGACCCGCGUGCCAAUCAUCUUGAAGACGGAUCUUACCAAGAGCCCGCCAUGCCUGACCAUCCGGUCUCUGAACCCGUACGCCUUGUGA